ACUCUCACUCGCCCGCUUAGUAAGCUCGAAGGCUUGCAGAACGGCACAGGAUCCCAACUCCCUCAGAGGAUAGGUGCGACACACAGACUCUUCGAGCUCAAGGACAGCAUUGUCAUGGUGAAUGCAUUGUCUCACUCACAGGCAAACGCGAAUGUCACCUUGAGCGAUGGAGUCUCUUCGUUGUUGGCGUACUUCAAUCCGAAGAUAAUCACCGCGCCCGUAAACAGUGAGAUCGCAAUUGCUGUCCUCACCGGAAUCAUGACCCUUUUAACACCACUGGUGUACCUUCGUCUGUGGAAUAGCGGCACGCUAUGGUUCUUUCGAUUGACGCGAAGCAAGGGGUCAGGCACUUCCAUUGUGACUCAUCCUCUCAACGUCUUUUCUUCAUGGCUUGCGGUAACAGGGAUGCUAGUUCUCGCUUCUGUCUGUCUGAAGUUCCGCUUCAGAGAUUCGUCGUCGAUCGGGCCAUUGCAAGCUUAUAUGGCUGUCGUGCUUGCGUCAUGGAUUGCUCUCCCUUUCGGCGCCAUGAAUACCAUCCUAGGUACCACAAGCGCCCUGGCAGGCUCGACUCGCGAUCUCCCAGCAGGCUCUACUUGGGAGUCUUUGAGUCCGAUCCAAAAGGCCAGCAAAGUAUUGAGCAGCAGGUACACCGUCAAUAUCGCAACAGUGGCAGCACCUUUGGUGUGGCUCGGCUGUACGCUGCCUUUCCUGAUGCUAGCGCAAAUAUACCUCCGACGAAGUCUAAAGGGACUUGCCUUUCUUCAAGCAGCGGUAUCUGUUUCCGAUGCGCCUACCGCGGCAAUGACAGCGCCUCAGCUCGAUACCCUCCUCCAAGCAGGGGCCGACCUGAGGCGCAGCUUUUGGUAUGUUGGCAUCCUGGCAUUGGUCUGGGCAAUAUUCGUCACCAUAGAGUUCUUGGUGCUGAGUCUAGUAGGUCUACGAGUCUUGCUCGUACUCAGUCAUCAACUCACUAUCCUGAAGCGUUUGCAAAGCACGACAGAUUCUUCGGAUGACAUGAUAAGCAAGCGGCGUUACAUAUACGAGUCGAUCAUCGUCUUGGGCGGCUUCUACUCUGUCAUUGCUGUCAGUGGCCUGGCCCAAAUAGCCGCUCUAGCCUUUACGACCCACGGGCUCUGGCAAUGGAACGGGAGCGGCUCACUGGAACGCUUCAGAAUCGGCAACCUGAUUUACCAGUGGAUCAUUGCGGUCAACGGCCUUGGCGUCAUGCUUCUAGUCAGCGGGAGGGUACACGCAGCAGUGACUGCAGAUACAAGUUCACGCCGACUGUCGACAGUUUCUGCUCGUAACCAAACAAAGGUGUUUGCUGCGGACAGAGACGAUGCCCUGAAGGGAUACUGAGUAAGGUGCGGCGCCGAGAG